GAACGAGUCCCGUGCUACUAAAUAAACAAAUGUCUUUAUGACAAUCCGUUUCGUUUCACACGUUCUUCGUGUCCAGAUUAUCGUGUGAAUUAUUCAGGACUUGGAUUACUAUGGCGGGUAAUUAUUGCUUCGUGCCCGGUUGCAAGACAGGAUAUCCUGCUGAAAGAAGGAGGCUCAAAUCAGAAGGGAAAAAAUACCCACAUUUAUUUUCACCUAGAAAUACCACACAACUAGAAUUAUGGCGGAAAGCUGUGGCUCGUGCAGAUAGAGUGAUGAGCAAGAAGAACAGCGUAUGUGAGCUACAUUUUGAUGCAGAUUCUAUUGAAGAGUUUUAUGAAACUAAAAUGCCUGAUGGCACUGUCCACAGGAUAAAAAGAGGGCGAUGUAGAAUAAAAGAAUCAGCUGUACCCACAAUUUUCCCAAAUUCGCCAAAAUAUCUAGAAAGACUUGCACAAAAAAUAAAGGCAUUGAGCUGCCCUGAUGAUAUUGGUAAUAACUCUUUGGUUGCAGAAGACUGCGAACAAAGUACAGUACCUGAGCCAAAAAAAAUAAAUUUUUAUGAACUUGUGAGUUCUGUGGAUAUCAUAGUUGUUCCAAGUGUUUUUUGGGGCAUAACAGUGCAUGCAAAUGUGAUGAUUUGUGCCAAAUGGGCGAAAAAAGAGCAAAAUUUUUGCUUGGAACGGCGAGUCAUCAUUGAUGAACAUCUAAACGUAAAAGUUUUUUUGAAAGAAAAAGAAAUAUGUGAUGAAUACAGUAUUGAAUGUGCUGCGGACGUAUCUGCUCUGCUCCAGAAAGUUGAAAACUAUAGCCUUUGUCUCGGAUAUUCUGAAAACAUGAAAUAUGCCCUUGUAACCUAUGCUGAUGAAGAUGAUGCACCUGGAACAAUUGUAUCUACAAAUUGGAUUGAUUUUGAAAAUGAAAUUUGUUGGUUUCCUAAUGUAACAACAGAAAAAAAGACAAAACUGCUUCUUUCCAGAGAAUCACCAUCAGAAAAUUGGACACAAUGUCAAGUCACAAUUUUAAAAAUGUUCAAUAAUUAUUUGGCUGCUGUGAAAGCUCUCAAUCAAGAAUUGGCGAGUUUAGAUAUAGACCCUGAAAGGACUUCGAGAAAAAGGAGGAAAAGGUACAUUUUCUUGCCUGAUGGUUCAAGCUGUGAUGAAGACGGACCAAGACCUGCAAAACAGUCUCCUCCUUUUGUCAUUAAAUCCCACACUCCGCUUUCUCCGUUCCCAGAAUCGCCUGAUCCAAGGAGAUCUCAGAUUGGCCUUGUGGAGAGAACACCUGAUUCAGCUCUGAGCAUUACAGAUGGAAAUGCCUCAGCUAUUGUUGAUACAAAUUCGGGUAUCAAAAAGAAUAUUCAGUUAAUGCAAGCACAACAGGAUUUAAUGAGGGAUAACAUGAAGAACCUCUCCUGCAUUAUCAACAGAAUCGAGAGUAAAAUUGAUGCAGUGUUGGAAUUGGUUGAAAGAAAACCUUCCUUAAAAUUAGAAACCAAUGAACUGAUCAAAUUGGCAUUUCUGCCAAUUGGCAAUGAAGAAGAAUUUCAAACCUGUAACUUUUUACUAGUUAAAAUUUCUUCAUUCCGGCAAAGUCUUCUUACAUCUCUGUCUGUUGCUGGAGGCAAUAAUGUGAAGACAUUUAUAUUCAAUGUACUCCAAAAGUUAAUGUUAGAUGACAUUGCAGAACUAUAUUCCUUCACAGGAGAGCCAUCAAUGCCCCACACAUUAAAAAACACUUUUGAAAAGACUGAAGUUUAUAACUUAAUUCUCGAAGUCUGUCGUAAUACAUUCAGUGAUACAAAGGAGCCUACUGUUAGAGAAGCCGUCCGCGACUGGCUGAGGCAAGCCAAGCUUCGUAGGAGCCAAAGAGAGAGUAGACACAUCAAAAUAGUACACAAGAGUUGAAUUCUGUUGCAUCUAUGUCAUAAUAUUUCAUUGUAUGUCUGUAAAUAAAUGUGCUUGUAUAUUAAAGUUAAGUUAAAUGUGCUAAAGUGCUAUAGAAUGCAUUUUUUAUUAACAUAAUCACAUUGUCAUUCAUUUGAAAAAUGAUUGUAUGAAGAUGAAGAACCCGACAUUUUUAAUCUGCUGCCUGCAAGGUAGAGUGAAGUUUCUCAACGGUCUUUGACCCAUAGUAAAGUUUGUAUAAAAUUUUCAUAGACUGGUCUGAACCCCCGUUGAAACUUGCUAUACUUCAUAAGUUAAUCUCUUAUAGCAAUUUGUAUGUGCAAGCGAUAUUUCAAGAUUGUGCCUAACUUUCAAUGUACAUGCUGAAAAUUGUAAAAAAAAUGUUUGGUUGAACUGCAACUUUUUAGUAGAUAUGUUUUUAUUUCUGCUUAGUUCAUCUCUUGUAUAUUUUUGUAAUCAUCCGUGCGUUUCAUGUUCAUAUGCAAAGAAAUAAAUGUGUGAUAUUUUUUUAUAUUUCCACACAAAAAAAAAAUUGUACUUGCAUUAAACUUAUGUUGUACAUAAAAAUUUAAAUAAAGCUAAGUAUU